AUGUUCCGUCAAUUUACCAUUUUCCUUGCCAUUCUUGCUGUUACUGCUUUCUCAGCUCCCACGAGCUAUCCAACAGAAGAACAACUCAAAUCUGAGCUCGCUUCUGCCGGUAUGACUCAAGGAAGUAUUGAUGGAUUGAUGUCGUUGACUAAUAGAUUCGCAACUGGAUACCCAUUGGUUCAAUCGAACAAGGAAGCUACUGAUAAAUUCAUUUCGGAAUACACCAAUGACGCUAACAAUUUUAUCAAAGCAAUGUCUCCAGAAGAUCAAAAGAUCUACAAUGCUCAUCUGAAGAAGUAUGGUCUUGCCUAA